AUGGGUUCUACGUGGGUUAAAGCUAUGAUAGACAUCAUCCUCUACCAUGGCUGGUCAUACAUAUCCGCCGUCCACGAGGAAGGCAAUUACGGUGAGACCGCUCUCAAGACUUUCCGGCGCUACGCUAAGGCCUUCGGCAUCUGUAUCGCCGUGGACGCUCAGCUAAGCCUGUCUUCAACGGAGGAAGAUAAUGACCAGGUAGUGAGAAACUUGGUGAACCAUAAAAAUGCUCACGUGGUGGUGGUUUUCAGUGGACCAGCAGUGGCUCUUCAGCUCUUCAAGGCCGUCGAACGUGCAGGAAUAACGAGGAUGUUUCAGUGGAUUGGAAGCGAGGCGUGGGGCACCCGGAUCAACUCUCUGGUUGAGGUGUUGGAUGUCGUUGCCGGAGCAAUAACGGUGCAGGUUUCAUGGCGGUAUGUGCCUGAUUUUGAUCGAUAUUUCACCUCUCUCCAGCUGGGGGAUAAGCCGGAAAACCCGUGGUUUGAGGAGUUCUGGGAGAUGCAGUUUGGAUGCUCCUGGAAAGAUGGCGCCACCCGCCCUUGCGACGAAACAGAUACCGUUUCAAAAAGCGCCACCUAUAAACCGAUUAAGAAUAUUUCCCCGGUGAUAGAUUCCGUAACCACAUUUGCCUACGCCUUGCAUGACGUCAUCGAAAAGCGUUGCCCCGGAGCGACGGGAAAAGGAGCUCGUGACUGCAUCACUGGGCCACACCUACUAGAGAGCUUAAAGAACAUCACAUUUGAAGGAGUUCUGGGGAAGAUCGCCUUUGAUGAAAAUGGGGACUUUUUGGGACAAUACGACCUUGUGCAACUGAUAGAUGUUCGAGGACCCAACUAUAAACAGGUCAAACUGGCCACAUGGGACGCCACUCUCAACGGCCUGAUAUUCGACGGUAAGCCAAUAAAAUGGAACUUGGACGACUCGGACCCUGCGAAUCAAACCGUCCCCGAAUCAGUGUGUGCUAAACCUUGCAGGCCUGGGGAGUUCUACAUCCCUAAAGAACUCAAAUGUUGCUGGGAGUGCCGCCACUGUAGGGACAACGAAAUCACCACCAACAACGCCUCCACCUGCCUGGCGUGUCCCAUCUUUCAAUGGCCAGAACAGUCGACCUUCACCUCAUGUGAGCCGAUCGCAGCAGAGCACGUGCGAUGGGGAGAUCCAUUGGCCAUUGGCAUAGUAAUUGUAGCUUUACUAGGUCUCUUGGCUACAGUGGCCACUUCAGUUUUCUACAUUCGAUUCAACAAAGAACGCCUCAUUAAAGCCUCCAGUCGUGAACUCAGUUUCCUCAUGCUCAUUGGAAUACUUCUCGGUUACGUAACGGCAAUCAUUUUCUUGGCGACCCCCAAAGAUUAUUUGUGCUACUGUGAGUAUUUGGGCUUCAGUCUCAGCUUUUCUUGGCUGUAUGCACCUCUAGCGACCAGAACCAACAGAAUUUAUAGAAUUUUCAACACUGGGAAGAAAUCGACCAUUCGACCAAAAUUCAUCUCACCGAGGUCACAAGUGACAAUAGCGACGAUAUUUAUUACUGUUCAGGUAGGUCCUUUUAAUAGGUCCUUUUUAUACUUGAAAGAAAAUCCGUCUAAUGCCUUUGACUAA